AAAACACCUAGCUUUACCUCCCCAGCUAUUCCUUUGCCUUUUCCCAAUCUUCCCUUUGCUUCUCCCUGGCAGGCACUGCCUCCUCCAUCAUCCUCCCAAAGCAGCCAGCAGCCAGAGAGAGCCAGUUCAACCCCAUGUAUCCCGCUGCUGCUGAGAUCACGCCCAGCUUCUGCGCCUGCAGCUCCAACAGCAGCAGCUGCAGCAGGGUCUGCAGUGCGAGCGGCUGCUGCUAGUUCCCCUUCCCCUUCCUUUCUUGCCCCCCCUUUUCUUCUCCUGCCGCUGCCGCCGCUGCUUCGUCUUCCUGGAGCUUCCUGGCCCGUAUCCACACAUGCCCCAAGAACCAAACCAAUAAAGAAACAAAACCACCGGAGUCUUCUUCUACUACUAUUUCUAGCCAUUUUAUUAUCUGGAUGUGUGCACAGAUGCAUGUAGAUAGGCAGAAGAGCAGAAGAUUAUAGCUCUAGAGGUGUAGCUGCUUGGCUGCUGGGCGGGCGAGUUCUAGUUCCAGUCAAGAGGAAGAUUGGAGCGGCGGGCAUGGAGGAUCUGUACAGCAUCCACCCAGGGAUCUCGCGCGCCGGCGGCGGAGGCUCCGCGGCCGCGGCCAGCGAGGCGUCCGGUGUCGCCGGUGGAGCGGGCUCGCCCCCACCGCCGCCGCCGCAGCCUCCCCCGCCGCCCGCGGAUCUGACGGAGCUGGUGAAGGCGCAGAUCGCCGGGCACCCGCGCUACCCCUCCCUCCUCUCCGCCUACAUCGAGUGCCGCAAGGUGGGCGCGCCGCCGGAGGUGGCCACGCUGCUGGAGGAGAUCGGCCGGGAGCGGCGCGCCGCCGCGGCCGCCGGCGGGGAGGUCGGCCUGGACCCCGAGCUCGACGAGUUCAUGGAGGCGUACUGCGGAGUGCUGGAGCGGUACAAGGAGGAGCUGUCGCGGCCGUUCGACGAGGCGGCGUCCUUCCUCAGCAGCGUCCGGACGCAGCUCAGCACCCUCUGCGGCGGCGCCGCCUCGCUCUCCGAUGAAAUGGUAGGGUCCUCGGAGGAUGAACCAUGCUCAGGAGACACAGAUGCGACCGACCUGGGGCAGGAGCACAGCUCGCGCUUGGCUGACCGUGAGCUCAAGGAGAUGCUGCUGAAGAAGUACAGUGGCUGUCUCAGCCGCCUGCGGUCCGAGUUCUUGAAGAAGAGGAAGAAAGGGAAGCUACCAAAGGAUGCUCGGUCAGCUCUGAUGGACUGGUGGAACACGCACUACCGCUGGCCAUACCCUACGGAAGAGGAUAAGGUGAGGCUGGCGGCGAUGACCGGCCUGGACCCGAAGCAGAUCAACAACUGGUUCAUCAACCAGCGGAAGCGGCACUGGAAGCCAUCUGAGGACAUGCGUUUCGCGCUCAUGGAGGGCGUCACUGGAGGUGGAUCCUCCUCUGGGACGACGCUCUACUUCGACACGGGCACGAUCGGGCCGUGAUCGAGGCCAACACCCAUUUCGGCAGGCAAAUGGCAUACAUUUACUGGCAGCCGGUGUUUGCACUGCACCGCACCGGUUGUGUCAUGGGCAACUGUUGGUUGAUAUGGAAAUUAGUCAUAUUGAAUCAAUAACCGCGUCAUUUUGUCAGAUUAUUGUGUAUAUGGGCAACAACAGUAUGUACAAGGGAGUUGCCGUUCAGGUGGCCUGUAAAAACUCUGUCUGGAGGUACCAUAACAUGUAAUUGUCUGUAUGCCCAUUGAUCACCCAGUUAUUACAUCUAAAAAAGAUACUGGGAAUUGGAAAUUACAAGUGAUAAUACUUGUAGCAAUGGAUCUUCCUAUUGUUCCUGUGUGCA